UUAAACAAGGCCCAAACAAGAGUAAGAACGGCCCACUUACAAAACGACGCCGUGGAGAGAAGAGUGAUAAGUCUUCAAGACUCGUGAAGGCGGCGGUAGUAGUCGAAGGAAGAAAGAGAGAUAGAUUUGUGUGUUGUAGGUUUGAUCAUUGAGAAGAAUGGUGAAAUCGACAAGUAAGGAUGCUCAGGAUCUAUUCCGUUCUCUUCACUCCGCUUAUUCUGCUACUCCAACUAAUCUGAAGAUCAUCGACAUGUACGUUGUUUUCGCUGUCUUCACUGCUCUGAUUCAGGUGGCUUAUAUGGCUUUGGUGGGAUCAUUUCCAUUCAACUCAUUCCUGUCUGGAGUACUCUCUUGUGUCGGGACGGCAGUUCUUGCUGUUUGCCUCCGUAUUCAAGUGAACAAAGAAAACAAGGAAUUCAAGGAUUUGGCACCAGAACUAGCAUUUGCAGAUUUUGUACUCUGCAACUUGGUCCUCCACCUGGUCAUCAUCAACUUCCUCGGAUAGGUUCUCCUCUCCUAUCUUACAGAGUUUGCUUUCAUGUUAUGGAGUUUCUUAGUUGGAAUCAGAACUUGUAGUUUUGAGAUAAUUUUAUACUUUUGUCAAAAGAAUCAAACCUCUCUAAUAAACACUGUUUCGUGCACUAA